AUGCCUGAAUCUUCAGCAAGUCGCAGUCAGCCUCACUGGCAUCAAAGCGCCGAACCGUCAUCUUCCCGAGAUCCCAAUCGUCCGCAGUUGCCACCGAUGAGAUACCCAGGCGAUGGAUACGAUUUCCGUCGCCCCAUCAUGUCAGAUUCUCCUCAAACGGAGGAUGUAAUCGAUCUUACGAACGAGCCAGAUUCACCGGAGGAUCGCAGAAGAACACAAAAUGCGGACCCAGCAACCUCGUCACGGCAAGGGCGGUUACCACGAUUCGGGAGGAAUAUUAUCUCCGAUGUGAUUGAUCUGGAAGACGACGCACAAGAGGAUCACAGCACAGAUACCCCCAGCAGCCCGGAGGUGCAGUUUGUGGGAGCUACAGUUCGCCCAUCCGAACCAGAGCGGGCUCCGCCGCCGCCGCCCAGGAACCAGAGCUUCAUAGGGGCAAAUCUAUGGGAGUUACUACGAUUACAACGCCGACGGAUGCCGCCACAUGGUCUACUAUCGCGUGAAGAGAGCUUUAGACAGGAAAUUGCAUGGCGAGCUCGCGAGAUGGGCCGGCGUCCGCCGCACGAGAUGGAUACGUUCUGGAUUGGGGAGGAGCCCAACGGUGCCAUUGACCUGACGAUCAAUUUGGACGGCGAUAGGCCUUUUACCGUGGAGUAUCCGAGGUCUGGACCCACGUCUGAGAGAGCUCGGCAAGACUCAUAUAAACCACCGAGCCCGGCACCAGAGGGGUUUACUAGGACCGCGGGAGAGGAUGACGUCGUCGUCUGCCCAAAUUGUGACGAGGAACUCGGAACAGGCGAUGAAAGAAAACAACAAAUCUGGGUUUCCAAACCCUGCGGACAUGUAUAUUGUGGCGAGUGCGCUCGCAAUCGUGCUGUCUCCAAGGCCAAAAAGUCUUCUCAGAAGACAAAGCCGUUCUCCAAAUGUCAGGUCAUUGACUGCGGGAAACCUGUCAGUUCACCAAGAUCAAUGGUUCAAAUAUACCUCUGA